AGUAUUCUCACUGGCAAAACAUUCAGGCUUUACCUGUAGUUUAUGUCGUCGUUUCUUAGCCUCUUCGAACUCUAGAAGAAUAUAUAUAAUUCCUGUGGAAUUUUGUCCGUGCUACGGGGACUUUUUAUCGUGCUGGAAAGAAGAAGCACGAUGUUGCGUGCAAAAAUUACUUUGAUAUCAGGAUGCAUCUUAUUACUCGUUGCUGUUAGUGCAGCAUUGAAAGCGAAGAGAUCAUCGAAAAAUGCCAAGAGGUUUGAGCUUCCAAAUGAACCGAUUGCCCCAAUUGUUGCAAGAGCAGAAAUUGCUCCGAGGAUGUUAGCUCCCGGUUACUACUCUCAAGAAUGCAAUGCACACAAAGCCUGCCCAGAAAAGAAAUACUGCCACUUGUUCUUAUGCGUCCACUGUCUGAAAGAAAAUGUUGCUUGUACACAAAACGGUCAAUGCUGUGAAGGACAAUGUACAUAUGGUAGGUGCAAAGCUGGUGUGACAGAAGGACAACCUGGAACAUUUUGUGACAGACAUGAAGAUUGUGCAGGAGAGGGAAAAGCUGCAUGUUGCGUUAGGGAACCAGCCAUCAACCCACAUAUUUCAAUCUGCAAACCACCACUAGCCGAGGAUAUGGUCUGCGGUCCAAUCAACUUCUUUAGGAACGUAUAUGUCGGCGCCCAGGUACAAAAGGCAUGUGGACCAUGCGCACAAGGACUCAUCUGCAAGCAAGUUGGUCUAUUUGGCAUCCAUGAGAUCUGUAUGAAAGAAGAUGACUAAACAAAUAUCACUAACGAUGAAGAAAAAGAGGCGAAGAGCUGUUAAUGACUCUUUUUAACAAACAUCGAUAUUGGGUAAAAAGAUCUAUGUAAAAAGAGACGACAAUUUUGACUCAAGAUAGAAUAUAUGCCUUUGUACAAAAUUUGUAGGAUAAUGUCCAUUUAUAUUUCUUUCAAACCCCAUACUUUUGGCCCUUAAACCGUAUUUUCUAUACUUAAAUCUACGUAUCAAAUCUUUAUCCUUCAGACGAUGAAUAGCAUGGAAAUCUUUUUUAGUUAGUUUUCGAAGUCCUUAAAAAUCGACCAUCAAUCAGUAGUAUUUAAACCCGAUAUUUGGCUAUGCAUCUUGUACUAGCCUAAAACUAUGUAAUUACCCAUUGAAUUCAUUUUUUGCCAUUUCACGAUGUAAUUUGUGAAUUUUGAUGUCCAGGAAGGAUUAUAAGUUUAAACAGAAAGAUAUUGUGUUAUUUUUCUAUACUUCUUGAAAUCUUUUCUGUACUAUACUCCUAUCUACAUCUUUUUUAUUAUAAAGACAAAAAUCGGUCAUAUAACUGUGUUAUUGUGUAAAACAUCUCUAUUAUUCAGUGUAUGGUAUUUAAAAAGUGUUUUAUUGCACCAAA